AUGUACGCUGUGAGCAAAGGAGUGUACUAUGUCCAGCUGGAGGAUGACAUCGUGGCUAAGCCCAACUAUUUUGCCACCAUGAAGAACUUUGCGCUGCAGCUCUCGUCGGAAGACUGGAUGAUUCUGGAGUUCUCUCAGCUGGGAUUCAUCGGCAAAAUGUUCCAGGCUCCAGAUCUGAACCUUAUAGUAGAGUUUAUUUUUAUGUUUUACAAAGAAAAGCCUAUAGACUGGCUUCUCGACCACAUUCUCUGGGUCAAAGUCUGCAAUCCGGAGAAAGAUGCGAAACACUGUGAAAGACAAAAGUCCAGUCUUCGGAUACGAUUUAGACCCUCACUAUUUCAACACGUGGGACUUCAUUCGUCUCUUGCAGGAAAAAUCCAAAAGCUCACAGACAAGGAUUUCUUAAAACCUCUGCUUCACAAAAUGCACAUCAACCCCCCUGCUGAGGUUUCCACUUCUAUGAAGGUGUACCAGGGCCACACUCUGGAGAAAACCUAUUUGGGAGAAGACUUUUUCUGGGUUGUGACGCCGAAGGCCGGAGAUUACGUUCUGUUCAAGUUUGACCGGCCUCUUAGCAUAGAGAGGUUCCUGUUUCGUAGUGGAAACCAGGAGCACCCUGGGGACAAGAUUGAAAACACAACAGUGGAAGUUCUGCCUGUGUCGGAGGCGGGACUUCAGCUGAAAGACAAGUAUAAGCGCACUGAAGAUCGCUUUUACAGGAUUGGUCAGUUUGAGAAAGGCGUCGCCGAAGGAGUGGUACAUCCAUCUCUCAAUCCUGUGUUGGCACUUCGGCUUUCAGUGCUCAAGGACUCAGCCGUGUGGGCAAUCGUUAGUGAAAUCCAUAUUAAGAGAAUAGCAGUGUAA